UUGUCAGAACUGUUUUUGCCACUUAUUUUAUUUACAACAAUUGUUGAAAUAAAAUGGAAAACGAGGAGAAUUCUACUGACGCUGACCUUAUUUACGUUGGAGAGGAAUACAUCGAUCAGGAGGAUGCGAACAACGUGGUGAACGUUGCCGACGAGACUGAAUAUAUUUCGUUCGAAAACGAAAACAAUCCGGAUGACGCAAACGAAAUUGAAUGCAGCAUUUAUUCGGAGAGUGAUGCAAAAGAAUUUGCGGAUGCGAGCGAAAAUAAAGAUGAUCAGAACGGCAAUGGAAAGGUCGAGAAUUUGAUGGUGGUAGACGAGUGGGAUGAUGACGAUUUGGAUCAAGAUGAGGAUGAUGAAGGUGAAGAAAACUAUGACAAAGAUGCACUGAACCCAGAAGAGAUGGAGCGAGUGCUUUUGAACAUGCCGACUAUGAAGAUUCUAAUGGAUGAUGUUGGUCACCUAAAGCAGAACAGAAAGGUAAUAAUAUCCCCAAUCAGCAUGGUUGAUUUCAAUAAUGAUUUGUUGCAGUCAGUUGUCAGUUGGACAACUCUUGAAGAAAUUAAAGUUGCAUAUGCUAGAAGUUAUCAAGAUAAUAAUUCUAUGAUUGGAAUUCUGAUGUUGCACUUCAACACCUCAACCUCAGCCAGUAAUGCUGUGGAGUAUUUGAAAGAUUUGAAGGAAGACAUAAGCAUUAAAUUGGAUACUAACUCACAUAGGUUGAUGGAAGAUUUCCUUGACAAUGUCAGGAGCAAAAAACGUUGGACAGACAAUGUAGCAGUCUUGAAGAACCUAACAAAUGAUGUAACUGUGGAGUCCAUCAAGGAAUUAUUUCCCAAUGUCGAGGAUGUUGUUCUACAUCCGGACCCCUCGUUCAAACGCCCAUCUCCAAGUUCUACUAACAAGGAACUCGCGGAUUCAACUACGGCUACCACUACACAGUCCAAUGCUGAUAAUACAGAUGGCAAUGCAGCUUCUACGACCACUGCUCCUGUUACCGCUGCUACUACCACUAACAAUGACAUUGACGAUACUACCAUUAUUGUUGAUAUUACUGAAAACAGUAACCAGGCCAACGAUUCUAACAUGGAAGUCACUGAGGCGACUGCAGGGGCUACAAAGACUGAUUCAACAACUACAGUUGCUGCCACUGCCACGACCACCACUACUACGUCUUCUACUACUACUACAAGUAGUAGUGCUACUGUGGUAACCACAACUGGCACAACGAGUCAUACUCCUAAAGGUUAUGCUUACCUUAUCUUCUCAAACGAGGAUGUGAUGAAAGCAGAAGUUACAGAGGCAGCCAGCAAGAAGAUGGAAUUGUGUGGGCAUCGAGUCCUGCUUGCAGCUUACAGAGUGCCUGUCCACUCCAUCCCCAGAUCAUACCUGAGGUUGAAAGAGAGGAAGGUAAUCAUGAAGCACAUGGAGAAAUGUCAGGAAAAAUUAGAAGUGGCCAAAAAUGAUGGGUCCACGAAGGCUGCCACUAAACUAGAAGAGAGAAUUCAGCAGUGUCAGUUAGUGAUUGAACGAGACAACAAGUGCAGAAAAGAUAUGGACCUUGAGUGCCCAUCCCUUGAUGAAAUCAGGCAGAUGACAGGGCUGCCCCCAGUAGAUUCUAAAUCAUUCCAAAAGAUUCUCAUUAGAUUUGGUAUAAUAAAAGAGAAAAGGAAGAAGUCGCCAGCACGCGUGGCCAACAGUGGUGCCAGCGAUAGGAGGAGGAGCAAUGUGAAAGAGGGUGGCGGAGAUAGAAGGACAGGUAGGGGCAGCCAUAACAAUGGUGGAAGAAAAUCCCCGUACAACAAAAAUCGUCGAUCGCCAUACAACAGCAACAACAACAACAACAACAGCAAUCGUAACAAGAGGUCGUGGGGUAGCAGUAAUAAUUAUGGAGGCAACAGAGGGCAGAGGUCAGGAGGGGUUGGAAGAAAUAUGCAUCCUCAGUCUCUGUUGGGGAGUGGAAGUAACAUUGUGAACCCUCUAUCAUUACUCAUGCAACCUAACCUCGGCAUCCUUGGUUCUGGCAAUGUACUGAACCAGAGUAUGUUGAUGCAGUCUGCAGGGGGCAUGGGGGGGAUGUUGAAUCCAGGUGCCGGCCUCCUCGGUGCUCCAUACUCAGCUUUAGGUGGGUUAGGAGUCGAGGAGAAUAAAAAUAAAUUGAUCAGGCUUGACGCCACUGGGAACUUCAGACCGGCAAACAUGGGAGGUGGUGGAAUGGGUGGUUCCAAUCGAUACGAUGAUAGGAACCGUCGGAUGGACAACAACAGAUUCAGAGAUUCCGCCGGUGGUAACAGGAGAAAAUCAAGGUCACCUGGAAGGUCGAGGCAAGCAGCUGUUUCAGAUUUUGACGGCAGAGGUGUAGAUGAUGAUAGUUCUAUCCCUGUUAAUAUGCUUUUGAGCCUAAGUCAAAUGUUGUCGCAGAAGAUGGACCAGAAACGACAACAGAUAGAGAGGAGAGGCGGUCAGCAAGGCAGAGGAGAUUACAGAAACAGUCAGCACUAGAAUGAACGUACUAGCAACAUUAUUGUAGGGAUGCAUGUGUGCGUGAUUAUCGAACAGCUGAAUGCUAUGUAUUAGGAUUACACCUUUUUAAGGUGCACGUGAUAAUUCACUUCACAUUUAUACACAAACACCGCAUACACACAGAAAUAUAUUGACAUUAGCUCUCGUGUACAAUUUGGUUAAGUUUUUAAUGCUGUUAUUGUUGAUGUUUCUUAAAGAAUGAUUGAAUGAAUGUUGUGUUCGGUUUUUGUUAGUUUUUAGUAGAAAUAAACGAAGCCGUACCGUGUUAGAUGUUUGUAUUUCGCCUGCUUCGUAUUGAAG